AUGCCUCUUCUUCUGGCCCAUGCCCUUUCAGCCGUUACAAAUUUCAGCAUGCUGCUAAGCAUUGCAACCUUCACGCCGAUUGAUUCAGAUUCCUAUACUCUGUUGACGCCAGGGAAUUGCACCACCGGAUUUCGACUGACCGACAAACUGCAAUCGGGCACAUUGCUUGUCAGCUUUGGUAGGAUAAACCGCUUUGUUAUUCGUUAA